CCUCGCCUGGGCCUCUUCUUCCGCACCGCGUUUGCUAAGUUCCCGCCAGAUGUUGAAGUUUCAUUUCCAAUUGCCACUGCUGGCUCCUCCUCCCAAGACCUUUUCCCGAAGCCGAGUCUUCUCCCUCUGGGGAGCCGAGAGCGCCAGCCAUGGCCCCGCGGCGCGGAAAGGCGACGGGAGCAGCUUCGGGGGCGAAAGCCGCCGCCCCCAGGGUCUCGGCGCCGCGUGUGAAGGGCGCCCCGACCGAGCCUAGAGAGUCCCCGGCCGUCCCUGAGGCCGCCCGGCCCAGCGCGCGGAGGUGCGGCCCCGCCAGGCCGUCGGGAUCCCGGAGGGAGAAGAGCGGCCCGGACUCCCAGGAGAAGCGGCAGGUACGCACGCGGGCUGCCCGCGCCGAGGACCAGGCGGAGGGUCCGGCUGCUCGGACCGAAGGGGUGAUGCCUCCCGCGGCCCCGGGACGGCCCCUUCCCAGGCCUGCAUCUCGCCGCGAGGGCACCGCGCGCUCCGCUCGGGAGCGGAGACCCCAGCCCGGGCCCACGGAGGUCCCUGGCCCGCUGGUCCCAGUCCCCAGUCUCGGGCGCGGGAAGGAGGCGCCCGGCGCCUGGAAGCCCCGGGCGGUACUGGAGAAGUUGAGGCUGAGCCGCCUGGAAAUCUCUGCGGCGACGGAGGUGGUGAACAGUAUCACGGACCACCUGCUGCGGAGACUGCAGAGCAGUAAGUCCGAGUUCAAAGGCGUCGCGCUGCUGCGCACCGGGAGCUACUAUGAGCGCGUGAAGAUUUCUGCUCCUAAUGAAUUUGACGUUAUGUUCAAACUGGAGGUCCCCCGAAUUCAGCUAGAAGAAUAUUGCAACAGUGCUGCUCAUUACUUUGUGAAGUUCAAAAGAAAUCCCAAAGGAAAUCCUCUGGGUCAGUUUUUAGAAGGGGAAAUAUUAUCAGCUUCUAAGAUGCUGUCCAAGUUUAGGAAAAUCAUUAAGGAAGAAAUUAAAAAUAUUGAAGAUACAGAUGUCAUGGUGGAGAGGAAGAGAAGAGGGAGCCCUGCAGUAACACUUCUGGUUAGAAAACCUAAAGAAAUAUCUGUCGAUAUAAUCCUGGCUUUGGAAUCUAAAAGCAGCUGGCCUGCUAGCACCCAGGGAGGCCUGCCCAUCAGUAACUGGCUUGGAGCAAAAGUUAAGAACAGUUUAAGACGACAGCCAUUUUACCUCGUACCCAAGCACGCAAAGGAAGGAAGUGGUUUUCAAGAAGAAACAUGGCGUCUGUCCUUCUCUCACAUUGAAAAGGAAAUUUUGAAAAAUCACGGACAAUCUAAAACAUGCUGUGAAAUUGAUGGAGUGAAAUGUUGCAGGAAAGAGUGUUUAAAACUAAUGAAAUAUCUUUUAGAACAACUGAAAAAAAAGUUUGGAAACCGAAAGGAACUGGAUAAGUUCUGUUCUUAUCAUGUGAAAACUGCCUUCUUUCACGUCUGUACCCAGGACCCAGAUGACAGUCAGUGGCAGUCCAAGGAUCUGGAGCUCUGCUUUGAUAACUGUGUGACAUACUUUCUUCAGUGCCUCCAGACAGAACAACUUGAGCAUUAUUUCAUUCCUGAAGUCAAUCUCUUCUCUCGAGACCAUAUUGACAAGCUAAGUAAAGAAUUUCUGUCAAAGCAAAUUGAAUAUGAAAGAAACAAUGGAUUUCCAGUUUUUGGUGAAUUUUGAAAUUAUAUUUUUAAAAAGAAUCAAGAAUUAGAAUGACUUUAUAAUCAUUGAAAUGUGUCACAGCAGUGAUUGACUAAAAUGAAUGUAAAUGAUUAUUCAGCUCUCCGUUUCUCUUCAUAAACUCUAAUCAAUAAAAAAAGGAUGGAUUAUCCUAGGAAACAGAUUAUUCAAGGAAUAAGAAGCAAAGGAGUAUUUAAAAUAUAAAAGCUUUACCAGAGUGGCAUGAAAAGAAGGACAAAAUACAUAUCACCUCAAUUAAAUUCAUCAAGCACUGACUGAACACCACUUCUUACCUAGCACAGAUGUGUGGAAGGAGGCAAGGUCAUUGCCUCCACGAACUGGUAGUUUUCGUUUAACAUACAAAUAUGUUUGGAAGCCAUGUCCUGUCCUAUGUGUUAGGAUAGGUAAGAAGGAAAUGAAAAAAUAGGUUCUGUGUGUCCCGGGAAGUUCUUAAUCUUUCAUAGAAAAAUAUAGGAUACUUUUCUACACAUGGCUAAAUAUAAAACAUAACUUACUUUCUUUUAAGUAAUACUUUUAUAUGUAUUUCUGAAAAGGCAAUACACACAUGGUACAAAACUCAAAGAAAAGGGUAUGGAAUAAAAUGCCAUCCUCUCUCCUCUGCACUUAGGCAGCAUUCAACUUGAGGCAGUUGCUGUCUGUUAACUUUUUCCUAUUCAGAUAUUUUGCACAUUUUCUUACUGGCUUUUUAAAUUGUUUUCUCAUUGUCAUUUUGUUGUCAUUCUCAUAUCAUGAAUAACUUCUGUGUAGACUGUCUAUACCAAUUUUUGUGUCUUCUAGUGAGAAAGGUUUUAAAAUUUAAAUUUUGAAUGUAUCAGUCUUCUUUAUGCUUGUGCAUUUUAUGUAUCUUCAACAACCUAAUGUGUUUGAACAUACUAAAACUUGGACAUUUGGAGGAGAGUUUUGGGGACAGUGUACGAUAAAUAAAUAGAAACUUAGGCAAACAAAAAAAUCCAAGCUGCUUUUAACUCCAGGAAAAAAUGAAUGUGUGCAAGAAAACUAAUCAUAGUCUAAUUUGAGAAUAUUACUCAACUGUAAGUAUUUGUGAAGUCAAAGUAAUAUUAUAACUAUUGACUAUUAACCUUAUCAGGAUUAUGAUUAGUUAUAUGGAGAGGAUAGGGCCUGAGUGCUUGUGAGUGGCGGUGGUAGAGGGGGUUGGACUAUAUUAGUUUCCUACUGCCGUAUAACAACUUACCACAAACUUCGUGUAUUAAAACAGUAUACAUCGGGGCUUCCCUGGUGGCGCAGUGGUUGAGAGUCUGCCUGCCGAUGCAGCGGACACUGGUUCGUGCCCUAGUCCAGGAGGAUCCCACAUGCCGUGGAGCGGCUGGGCCCGUGAGCCAUGGCUGCUGAGCCUGUGUGUCUGAAGCCUGUGCUCCGCAAGGGGAGAGGGGGAGAGGCCACAGCUGUGAGAGGCCCGCAUACUGCAAAAAAAAAAAACAAAACAGUACAUAUUUAUUAUCACAGUUUCUGUGGAUCAGGAUUCUGGGCAUGGUUCUGCACAGGGUCUCACAGGGCUUCAGUCAAGGUGUCAGUUGGGACUGCAGUCUUAUCUGAGGCUUGACUGGAGAAAGAUCCACUUUUAUUGGCAGUAUUCAGUUUCUUACAGUUUUAAGACUGAGAACUUCAGUUACUGUUGGCCAGAGAUUGCCCUCAGCUGCUAGAAACUGCCUUCAGUUCCCUGCCAUGUAAACUCCCAGCAUUGGCAGCCCAUAACAUGGCAACACUUCAAAGCUGGGAGAGAGGGAGAGACUCCAGCAAGAGGGUGCAACAGUCUUAUUUAACAUAAUUACAUACACAUGAUCAUGUACAGCCCAUAACCUUUACCGUAUAAUUGGUUGGAAGCAAGUGAUUGGUCCCACCCAUGCUCAAGGGGAGGGGAAUCACUUAAGAGUGUUAUGUCAGUUUAAACAACUGUAUAGUUGGGGGAAAACACUACCCACAAGACUACUCUCACUUCUGACAUCAGUUGCAGUUUCAGGAGAUUCUCCAAAUCAUUCUCAGGUUUGAUAAUUCACUAGAAAGACCGAACUCAACUGAAACCAGUGUAUUUAUGGUUACAGUUUAUUACAGGGUAAGGAUAUAGGUUAAAAUCAGCUAAGGGAAAAAGCACAUAAAGCAGAGUCCAUGAGGGUACCAAACACAGGCAUUCUUUUUUCCCUGGGGAGCCAUGGAUACAUUUUAUCUCUUGGCAUCAAUGUAUAACAAUACACAUGGAAUAUUGCUGACCAGGGAAGCUCACCUAAGCUGCAGUGUUCACAGUUUUUAUUGGAGCUCAGUGGUUGGCUUGAUUUAAUGCUGUUUUUCAGUUUUGGUAUCAGUUAUCUUAGCUUUAUGAGUUGAAGAGUUUUUCAACUUUUCAUCUUUUAUUUCCAGAGGGUAUGUCAGAUUUACCCUCUUGAAAGCCCUUGAUUACUUUUCCUGUUUCUUCUGUUUUCAGCUUAACUACCUGAGUUAAUUUUACUAAUUUAGGAAAAUAUAGUCACACUUGUGAAUUCAUAUUUGACAUACAGUGUUCUUACUAAAGAAUCAGCUGUUGGUUUUCACUGAACACUGUAUGUUCUAAUUUGUUAAUUUCUGCUUUUACCUUUCUUCUUUUCUCCUAUCAGUCUUCCUAUCAGUAAUACCAGGAAAUUACUAGUGCAUAAAUGAAUAAUGUAGGAUUAGGUGAUGAGGGCCUAACUAAUUAUACACAAAUAUAAAUACUAAAUGUUAAUAUGAGUAAUUAUCACAUAGGGAACAGAAAACUGUACACAAAACUAUAAGGGGAGGUAGGGGAACAUGAUUAGUCAAAGAAACUUUCAUGGAAAUCAAUUUACCUAGGAUUUAUUUUAGCAUGGAGUGCUACGCUAAAAUGUAAGAAACAGCUGUUGUGUAUUUUUGUCCCAUGAAAUCUUUUUACUGUUUCAUUUCAAAGUAGGUUAAGUAUAAGAAAACUACCAAGGGACUUCCCUGGUAGUCCAGUGGUUAAGGAUCUGCCUUCCAAUGCAGGGGAUGCGGGUUCAAUCCCUGGUUGGGGAACUGAGAUCCCACAUACAGGGCAACUAAGCCUGUACGCCGCAACUACUGAGCCUGUGGGCCUCAACAAGAGAGCCUGCAUGCCACAAACUACAGAGCCCAUGCGCUCUGGAGCCCGCGCACCGCAACAAAGAGCCCUCGCGCUCUGGAGCUCACGUCAUAACUAGAGAGAGGCCCGUGCACCACAACAAAGACCCUGCUCACCACAAGAGCCUGCAUGCUGCAACGAAGAUCGCGUGGGCCGCAACUGAGACCUGAUGCAGCCAAAAAUAAAUAAAUAAAAUAGAUAAAUAUUUUAAAAAGUACCAAAUAAAAUACUAUUUGAUAACCAAAAAAUUAAAGGGCUAUUGAGAAAGACAUAUCAGCUUGUCUUUUAUCAUAGAAACAAAUUUACUGUGUUAACAGCAUCUUUUUCACUGCUAUGACAUCUGAACAAGCUUUAAAUGCUUUAAAGAGUGACCUUAAAUAGCAAUGU